AUGCGUUAUCGUCGACGUUUAAUCUUAUUAUUACCUUUUAGAGUUUCGCAUCUAUUUAUGAUCAUAAAAACAACAGCAACAUUAUUGCUAUUGUUAUCAAUACCAUUAUGGACGACAUCGUUAGUCGACGCAUCGAUACAAUUAUACUGGAACGACACAGUCAUCGUUCUAUCGAAUACGGAUUUCUAUGAGUCAUUACACAGACAAAGUGGUGGAUUAUUUUCGGUUACUGGAAACUUUUCUGUUGCUGAAUUUUUUAACGACUAUGAUUUAAAAGCUAAUGAUGGCAUCGGAACAUUACAAAAUAAUAGUGUUAGUUAUGUUUACAGUAAUUGUGUGAUUAAACCUUUUCCUGAGGGAACUGCUGUGCUAUUUGUCCCGUUUGACGCUGCUUGGAUUGCUGGAUGUAGGAGUUAUUCAGAUAUCAUUAAAAGAAACAAUUGGACGACGAGCAGUAUCUUUGAAAGUAAUAACGUAACCGUGAAAAUACCAGAGGCAAAUCCAACUAAUGUCACAAUACUCAAGAAAAGGAUACAAAAACGAAAUACAUUAGUAUAUAACAACAGCGAGUAUGUUAGUGGCUCGACGAUAAAUAACAUUCCAAAAGCAAUUAUUUUCACAUCAAUAAAUUAUGGUGACCCGGGUGUAAAAGAACCUUUCAUGGGCGAAAAAGCGAUUUUGCAAGAAUCUGUGCCGUAUUUGAGUUUAAUUAAACCCAGCGACAUGCGUGCUUUGAAACUUAUAAAAAUGAGGAAUAAAAUUAAUCCAGAUGCACCGAAUAAUAAUACUCUUUUGUUUACUUCAGAUGUUGGACCAUACAGAAAAUUCUUGGGUGGGCCACUCUGGAUUGCUUGGUCUACUAUUAUUGGAAUCACUUAUGGACUGAUUGUAUUGACGAGUGGUUAUUUCAUGCUUCGAGUUUUUGGUAUUGGUAAAAGAAGUAAUAGCUUUGGCAUCUCACUAAGAAAUCCAAAUACUUAUAUACUGCCCGCUAUCGCGUAUUGCUCUAUAAUGGCGUUGAUCAUCUUGCAAUUAGAUCCGUACAAUAUUCGUGAAGAGAAAUUAUCCGUUUUUGGUUAUUCGGUUAUAACAAGUCUCAAUUUCUUGAUUUUAUGUUUUUGUUAUAUAAUUUUAUUGUUUUCAUGGAUAGAAGUCUCCAAAGAGAAAACACGACACGACACAAGCCUCUCAGUCUGGUUCGAUUACAUCUCGCCCGCAGCUCACAAACUACUCUACUUCUCAACACUACUAACCGUUACGACAUUUGCAAUAGAUGUUACACAGGAACAAUAUCUCUUGCCGGGACUCGAUUCCAAGAUUAUUAUCCCAGCAUUAAUUUGGCAGUUGUUUGUAAUUAUUAUGGUAAAUGUUGGGUAUCUGGUGUUCGCCGGGUUUAUGCUUUUAUCGUUGUCGAAUCAAAGACAAUGGCGGGAUGUGGAGAAUCGCCAUGAUGAAAGUAAUCAUGGACUAAAGAAUAUAGAGGAGACUAGAGAGGUUAUAAUAAUGACCGCGUCACUUGUCGUGUCAUUUUCUUUUUUGACAAUGUCAAAUUUAUCAUUUACGCGACAAACACCCACAAUCGGGAAUUUCAUAAAAUCUCAAGCAACACAAGAUCUUUCAAAUAUCUCGAGCUCAUUCGCACUCUUAUUCGCUCUCCAAAAUCCCGUUCUCGCUUCUCAUUUUCUGAAGACAAUACCACGAAGAAUGCGAACGCCACUUCCUAACAUCACCGAUGAACCAACUCCCGAACAAAUAGCCGAAGAUGAACGACGUAAUUCUGCCGCGUACACGACUCGUACCCCUGUAGUACAACCUCCCGCUCCAGUUUUUAUACCAAAGAUUGUGGUGAAGCAGCCACAGCUAGCAACUUCUUUUGAGGAUAACUUGGGAGCGGCGCAAGAAGAAAAAGAUUUAUUGGUUGUUGCUGGCGCUAGAGAUGAACAAACAGAA